CAGGAGAUAGUCUGUUCAGAAUUCAGGGAAACACGAAGCGUCUCACAUGGCGAUGGUUGUAGAGAACGUAGGCCAAUUAGGGUUUCCGUACUGGAGUCCAGUUCGUCGACGGUUCGGUCCCGACGCCCCUUUCUUCGCAUCUGGAAAUAUUGAAAGAGAACUUCUCGCCAAACAGGUUGCAUUGGAUUUAACUGAAGACGAGAAGCAACAGCUUCAAAUUGUUGAAGAUGAGGAUGGCAGGGGAGUAUUUUGUCCAAUUGUUGGUUGUGGUGCACAUUUGAAUUCUCUAGAGGACUUCGAAGAUCACUACAACGCACGGCACACUGCUUUUUGUUCAGUCUGCUCAAGAGUCUAUCCAACAUCACGUCUACUCAGCAUACAUGUAUCUGAAGCACAUGAUUCCUUUUUUCAGGCAAAAGUUGCUCGUGGUUUUGCUAUGUAUGAAUGCCUGGUUGAAGGUUGUGGUAUGAAGCUAAAGAGCUACAAAAGUCGGCAGCAGCAUCUGGUUGACAAGCAUAAAUUCCCUGCUUCAUUUGAAUUCUUCAAGAAGGCCCACCUAUCGAAGAAACAGAGGCAGAAGAACCAACGGAAGCAAGCAGUUCAUAAGGAGGAGGAUUCAAGUGCAAUGCAAGUAGAAAAAGAAACCAUGGAUGGUCUUGUUUCAGCAGUCUCUAAGUUAAGUACUUCAGACUCCUCUCCUUCAUCCAUCAGCUUUGGUCGUCGCCACACUCGUGGCUUCACAUUUGUCCCUCGAGCUGUUCAGCGUGAAAGAAGGGCAGACACCUCAACGACGGGACCCAAGAGAUAGCCAAUGCGCUUCCUAAGCAAUUCUGGAUCCUUCAAAAAUGUUCCUGCAUCUCUCUUCACAAGAUGGAGCAUAUGAAGCUGGAUCUUAAAGUCGCUUUCUAUUACAGACCAUUGCAGAUGUUUAUAGGAAAAUGGUUCCAGUGGUUCCAUCAAUGUUGAGGGAGAUUUAGAAAGAUGUAUAUGAUGAUGAUCGGUUUCUCAUGAACUUGUCCAUGUGAAAUCACAUCCACUGUUGUGAGCCAUUUUGUAGGAACUGAGAGCUGCUUUUGGCUUAAAUUAAACUUUUAUCACUAUAGGACUUAUUUAGCUGUUUGCUUC